AUGGGUUUCAUCAAGACUCUUUCCCUCUCCCUCGCAGCAGCAUCUGCUGCCAAUGCUGCAAAAAUCCUCUCUCCCAGCCGCCCCGACGACGUCAUCCCCAACCAGUACAUUGUCGUGAUGAAGGACGGCGUCUCCGGCGAGGCCUUUGGCAGCCACCGCGCCUGGGUUUCCGACAUGCACCACACCAACUUGACAAGACGGGCGCUGUUGAACCACGGCAUCAAGAAGACCUAUGAUUUCAUGCGGAUGAAGGGUUACAGCGGCGUUUUCGAUAGGGAUACUAUCAAGGAUAUUUCCCAGAGCCCCGAUGUCGCAUUUAUCGAGCAUGACCACGUUGUCAGACUCACCGAGCUUGUCGAACAGCCAGACGCACCAACCUGGGGUCUCGGCCGUGUCUCCCACCAGGAGCCUGGAAACAUGGACUAUGUCUAUGAUGAUACUGCUGGUGAUGGCGUUUGGGCCUAUGACAUCGACACCGGUGUCGAUAUUGAGCACCCUGACUUCGAAGGCCGUGCUGUCUGGGGCUCCAACCAUGUUGAUGAUGAUGAUACUGAUGGCAAUGGUCACGGUACCCACGUCGGUGGUACUAUUGGCUCGCUGACAUACGGCGUUGCCAAGAAAGUGAGAAUCAUCGCUGUUAAGGUGCUCGAUGCACGGGGAUCUGGCUCCAACAGCGGAGUCAUCGCCGGUAUCGACUGGUCCGUCAACCAUGCGAUGGAAAACAAUGUUGCCGAGAGAGCCGUCAUCAACUUGAGCUUGGGUGGAGCCAGAAGUGACACCACCAACAUGGCUGUCGCCAACGCCGUCCAGGCUGGUCUCCAUGUUGCUGUCGCCGCCGGAAACGACAACGAAGAUGCCGAGAACAGCUCCCCGGCCUCCGAGCCAACCGUCUGCACAGUCGCCGCCUCUAACAUCAACGACCAGAAGGCCUCAUUCUCCAACUUUGGAUCCGUCGUUGACAUCUACGCCCCUGGAGAGGAGAUCCUUUCCCUCGCACCCGGCGGUGGCACCCAGACCUUGUCCGGAACCUCCAUGGCUGCUCCUCACAUUGCCGGUAUGGGCGCUUACCUCAUCGCCCUUGAGAACAUCACCGCCAGCGCCGCCUGUGACCGUAUCAAGGAGCUUGGUCUCGAGGUCAUCAACAACCCAGGCGCCGGCACCACCAACAAGCUUACCUACAACGGCAACGGUCAGUAA